AUGGGCAGAGCAAAACUACAAAUGGAACUAAUAAGCGACAAGAAGAACUGUUACAGAACGUUUAUAAAGAGAAACAAGGGCUUAACAAAGAAGGCUUACGAGUUAAAAACCCUAUGCAGCGUUGAUGUUUGCUUGAUCGUUUAUGGCCCCAAACUGAAUGAGCGUCCAUCUGAUCAGGAAGAAAUAUGGCCCCGAAAUCGCGACGAAAUCCAGGCUUUGAUCGAAUCUUACAGGAAGCAAUCUGCCGAAGAUCGGAGGAGAAGGACGAAUGAUUUGUCCAACUUCUUCGAGGAUCGGAACAAGAAGGCCGAAGAGACCUUAAUGAAGCUGCGAAAGAAGAACGAUGAGGCCAAGUACCCGACUUGGAAUGAUCGAUACAAUGAUUUCUCGAAAGAAGAACUGAGACAAUUUGGUGCCAUUGUGGAGAAGAAGCUGCAAGAAGUGAAAGCCAGAGUCGCAGCGUUUGCUAAUAAUCAAGACAACUUAUUGCAAGAUCAUCAUUUUUACGACAUGACGAUGAUUCAUCAUCAUCCGCUGUACGAUCUGCAAGCAGCACCUGGCAAGGGAAUGUCGCUUCAUCAGCUUCAAGCAAAUAGUUAUGAUUCCAUGGUGAAUCCGGUAAUGAUGGUGCCGCUGAACGAGAACAAUAAUCACUACAUGAGUGGUGGUGGUGGGGGUGGGAGUAGUAGCAGUACUCAUCUUCAUCAUGAUCAUGAGCUGCUGCUUGGCGGAGCAUCUAGCAGUAGUAACUUUCCGGUUUGUUAUGAUCCGGCGACAGCUAUUGGCUACUACAGCUUCAGCAUUCCGGCCGGGGCGAUGGUGCCGUAUGUGCAACUUCCGAUGAUCCCCGGAGCUCCUAAUUCUCAUCAGGUGCAUGCUCCUCAUCAUGAAAUAGACGACUACUACGAAGUCGAUGAAUUUCAUAUGAAGCAUCAAAACUGA